AGGAAAAAAAAAAAAAAAAAGAGCGUGAAAAAAACGCUUAAAAAAAACGCGUAAAAAAGAAAGGCAUCUAAAUGUAGGUGUGUAACUCACUUGCACAUCCACUCUGUGCAGCCGCGAAGGUGGGGGCGCGCCAACCAGCGGAAUCUUAACAUCACCCUCCUGAGCAAAAGCUGCACAUGGUACCGCACAAAAGGACGUGUUGGUAUACUGGAAUGAAGAUGAAGAACGCGCUGACGUGACAGAACAGGGUAUAUGCACAUUUCCCAUUUUGCUCCCUCCCUUUUUACAACCCUCGCGCCACUCCUCAACAGCAUGCUAGACGUAAAAGCAGAUACCCCCCACCGGAAGGCAUCCAACUCGUGCAAGAAAAUACUAAGCGAUAUGAUCGCAUGUUACCAAAACACGAUUUGUUAUAAGCGGGAAAACGCCACCUUCGAAGAGUGCCUACACAACCAUGACUUGAACGAGGUGGACGAAAACUGCAUCAUUUUGCGAAGGGCCUAUGCGCAGUGCCGACGUAAUAUCCUCAAUGGGAAUUUUAAAAUGUUGGGUAACCCCCUCUCGAGAUGAUUCAGUUGGAGGGGGGAGGGAAGGGACCCAGAUGGCUCUCCUAAAAUGCAGCAAAUCGGGAGAAAAAGGAAGAAAAUGGGAUGGGCAUACGGCAAAUAAAAAAAUAUACAUAUAUAUAUAUGUAAUAAACGAAUGCACGAGGAGUACAUAAAAGACACCCGCCCCCACGCGAUAACUACGAAUAAACAAUUUAAAAAAAAUUAUACUUGUAAAAGUAUACACAGCUG